UCGUACCUCAUCGUCGGAGCCGGCGUUUUCGGCGUUUCCACCGCUUACCAUCUGAUCAAGAAAUACCCCAACGCAGACAUCACCAUUGUCGACCGCGAUGCCUUCGACCAAGACACACGUGUAGCCGCUUCGUGGGACUGGAACAAGGUCGUCCGCGCCGACUACGAUGACAUUGUAUAUUGCAAGAUGGCCAUCGAGGCACAAGACAUGUUCAAGACAGACAAUCUGUGGAAGCCCUACUUCUACCAGACCGGCAUCUACUGGAUGUGCCGUAGCGACUACGCUCAGGAAGUCGUCGACAACUACAAGAAGCUGGGCAGAGCUGCCGACCUCAAGGCCGUGCCCAUCGACGAGGCACGCAAGAUGUACGGCGGUUUGUUCGAAGACGCCGACUACAGCGGCGUCAAGGAGGUUCUUGUCAACAAGACCAGUGGCUGGGCCACUGCCGGCGAAUGUCUGAUUGGCAUUACUCGUGAAGCUCUCAGACUUGGUGUCAAGUACAAGCAGGCUGAGGUUGCUUCAUUGCUCCUCGACAAUGGCCGCUGUACCGGCAUCAAGACUGCAGCUGGCGAGACUUUGACUGCCAAACACACUCUUCUCUGUACAGGCGCAUACACACCAAAGCUGCUCGAGUACUGUGCCCAGGCCAGUGGUAACAACGACCUUUGCGCUGGUGACAGAAUUGUCGCUGGUGGUAUCACCACUGGUAUGACAAGACUCGACGAGGACUCAUACCGCAGAUUUGCAUCCAUGCCCGUGGGUGUCCAAGGCUACACUGCUGAAACUGACAGAGAGCUCAAGUGGUGGGGCCAGAAGAUCUUCAAGAACGACACAGAAGUCCUGCCUGGACGUACCGUAUCCGCACCCCCAGCGAAGCCCGACUACGGCCAAUGGGACGUCUCGAACAGACUGAAGGAAGACAUUCAAUACGCAAACCACGUAUUCUAUGGAAAGAAAUCUGCACACUGGAACAUGGAGAAGCACCGCAUCUGCUGCUCCGACUUUAUCAUCUCACCACACACCGCUGCCCAGGGCCUUUAUGUUGCGACAUGUGGCAACUUCCAUGGCUGGAAGUUCUUCCCUGUGCUAGGCAAGUACAUCAUCUCCAUGCUGGAGGGCACAUUGAGCCCUGAGUUGUCAGAAAAAUGGGGUUGGGACAGAGAGCGUCCCGACCCCAAGUACUUCGCCGACUGGCCAAGACACGAUAUGAAGGAUAUGUUGGAUCCCGUCAGAACUGCCAGGCUAUAA